AUGUAUUUUUUUUAUGGUUAUGGAGGUACCGGUAAAACAUUUAUAUGGAAGUCUUUGUCAGCCGGAAUUCGUUCGCAAGGAGGUAUUGUUUUAAAUGUUGCGUCCAGUGGCAUAGCAUCUCUAUUGUUACCUGGAGGUAGAACCGCACACUCACGCUUUAAGAUUCCGAUCAAUGUGAAUGAAGAUUCAGUAUGCAAUAUAAGACAAGGGACAGAUCUGGCCGAGCUUAUCAUAAUGUCCAAGCUUAUCAUAUGGGAUGAAGCACCGAUGAUUCAUAAACACUGCAUAGAAGCCGUCGACAGGACUUUUAGAGAUAUACUUCGUGUGUGUAGUGAAUCCAAUAUGGACAAACCCUUUGGUGGAAAGACUGUAGUUUUUGGUGGUGAUUUUAGACAAAUUUUACCCGUUGUUCCUAAAGGGAGUCGUCAGAGUAUUGUGAAUGCUACGAUUAAUUCUUCAUAUCUUUGGAGUAGUUGUAGAGUGUAUUUGAGCUCUGAUAGCAUUUCAGCUUCUGAUUCUAAUUCGAAUGGUUCUGCUGACAUACAUUCAGUUGAAUUUUUGAAUAAAUUGAAGUGUUCAGGUACACCUAAUCAUGAAUUGAUGUUGAAAGUUGGAACUCCUGUGAUGUUGUUAAGAAACAUAGAUCAUUCUAAUGGUUUGUGUAAUGGCACCAGAUUAGUAAUUACGCGGUUAGGAGAUUAUGUUUUGGAGGGUCGGGUGUUGGGUGGGCAUAGUAACGGUCAUAAGGUUUUGAUACCACGUAUGUCCUUGAUACCGUCUGAUCCAAGGCUACCGUUCAGAUUCCAACGACGCCAAUUUCCAUUGGCUGUGUCAUAUGCAAUGACCAUUAACAAAAGUCAAGGCCAAUCUCUUUCGCAUGUUGGGUUAUUUUUGAAAAAAUCGGUGUUUAGUCAUGGACAACUUUAUGUUGCUGUAUCUAGAGUGACAAGUCGUGAAGGUUUGAAGAUUUUAGUUUGUGGGGAUGAGAAUGAUAGUAAAUGUGAUUCAACUUUGAAUGUUGUGUACAAAGAAGUGUUUCAAAAUGUAUGA